AUGGCAAGGACAGACAAGAAGAUCAUUCCUGGAUCUGAUAAGGGGUUGGACACCUCUACGCCAUUUAAAAAAGAGGCAGAGACCGCAAGAUCUACGAGAGAUAGAGUUCUUGCACCUGACGUUGAUACCAACUCGGAACAGGAGUCUCUUGAUCAUGAGGCUCAGGCCGGUGUUAAGGCUGUCCAGGCUGCCGCCGCUGUGUGGACCAAAUCUCAAUUGACUCUGGCGUAUGUAAUUAUCUGGUUUAUCUAUUUUGUCACAUCCAUCCAGGAGGUUGUCAUCCGCUCUCUCAAUCCAUAUGUGACCAGUGCAUUCAGGCUGCACUCCUUGACCGCUGCCACGAGUAUCAUGUCAAAUAUUAUUGGAGGUUUGAGCAAAAUCCCUUUGGCGAAGAUUUUGGACUCGUGGGGCCGGCCCCAGGGUAUGACUUUGAUGUUGGCCAUAUGGGUCAUUGGUUUCAUCAUGAUGGCCGCUUGUGACGGAGUCCAAACAUAUGCGGCUGCACAGGUUUUCUCUGCUGUGGGAUCCCAAGGAGUCAGCUAUGGCUUGACCGUUUUUAUUGCCGAUACCUCCGCAUUGAAGAAUCGAGCCCUCAUGUUGUCAUUCGCAACUUCGCCAUAUAUUAUUACCACGUGGAUUGGAGGGCCGAUCUCUCAAAGUGUCUUGGAGGGUCCUGGCUGGCGCUGGGGAUUUGGCAUCUUCACGAUCGUUGUGCCAGUCGUGGUCACCCCUCUAUGUAUUCUGUUCUUCGUGAACCAGCGGAAAGCAAAGAAGAGCGGCUUGCUUACCCCAAACAGCGGACCUAUUACAGUAUCCAUAGUAAAGCGAUACUGCAUUGAGGUCGACCUGUUCGGAAUUAUUCUUCUGGCUGGCGGAAUGGCCUUGUUCCUGCUGCCCUUCAGCCUGUGGUCCUACCAAGAAGAUCAAUGGCGCUCUCCAAUGAUCAUCUGCAUGAUCGUUUUCGGAGGUCUUUUGCUGAUUGCAUUUGCCGUAUACGAAAGAUUCUGGGCUCCCGUCACUUUUAUUCCAUUCAAUUUAUUGAUGGACCGAACGGUUUUUUUCGCAGGGUUAAUGUUCAUCUUUGAGUUCUUCAACUCAAUGGUCUGGGGCAGCUACUUCAGCUCAAUGCUGCAGGUCGUAUGGGGUCUUAAUGUUACAGAGGCUAGCUAUGUGUCCGCGAUUUAUCGAGUUGGAUCUUGUGUAUGGUGUCUUCUUGUCGGAUUCUUGAUCCGUUGGACUGGUCGCUUUAAAUGGCUUGUCGUUUACUUCUCUAUGCCGCUCAUGAUUCUGGGCGUUGGGCUUAUGAUAAAAUUCCGCCAGCCCGAUGCAGAAAUUGGCUAUAUCUGCAUGACUCAGAUUUUUGUCGCAUUUGCCGGCGGAACAACUGUUGUCUGCGGCGAACUUGCAAUGAUGGCACCUUCAGAUCACCAACAUAUUGCUGUCGUACUCGCAAUGCUGAACUUGUUCAGUAGUAUUGGCAGUGCAAUUGGAUCCACUGUGUCUGCCGCUAUCUGGACCAGUGAAUUCCCAAGAGCACUGGCCAAAUACUUACCGGCAGGUGUGAGCGUAGCGACGGUGUAUUCGGAUAUCAACGCGCAGCUUUCUUACGCAUGGGGCAGCACAGCACGAAAUGCUAUUGCGCAUGCGUAUGGGGACGCGCAGCGAUAUAUGCUUAUUACCAGUGUUUGUCUGCUGGUCGUUGCGUGGGCUUGUGCUUCUAUGUGGAGAGAUAUCAGGAUUAAGGAUGUGAAGCAGGUCAAGGGUACCGUGUUCUAG